CUUCCGUCGUGAAAGUCACCUUCAAAACCCUCAAAGACAUUUUCAACAGGUACAUUCUUGUAUGGAAAAAAAGGAAUGUACCUAUGUUUUUCCUCAGAAUCUUCCAAUUUUGAAACAAAUGGAUGGAGAAAUGGAGGAUUUCAGUGUAGAAUGUUUAAACGUAUAUCCGGAAAUUGACUGGGAAUACGAGUUUGACGCACCGUGGUUCUAUGAUUUUUGUCGCCCGGAGUCACCUUCUGAGGCUGCAGAAGCCGAACGCUGGUUCCAAACAGCCGGCAACUAUCCUCCUUCUCCUCUCAUUGUAAAGUUGAACCUGGUGAAGGACAGCGCAGCAGAAUGUUCGCGCGGUCCCUCUAGAUUACGAGAAGAGCAAACCGCAAAAUCGAGCAGCAACACCUCAUAUAUUCACAUCAGCUCUGCAGUUUCACCCUGUACGAAAAAUGAAGGAACACUUUCCGAUGGUCCAAUGGUUCAUGAAAUUUCUAAAGCUAAGAUAAAGUCAGAGUCCAGAUCUUUGAAAGCCAGAGAGUCAACUUUAAUGAAACCCACUGCUAGUCAUUUGGCUAAACUACGGUCCCAGAAACCACCUAACGAGACCGAUAUGAGAAGCUCAUGGAAUUCUUCAGGAUCUUACAAUGUAGCUACUAAAAGACAAAAGCUUGAGAGUGGUUAUCUGCGCAAGGUCACUGUUCCUAGAGAUCCUCAACUGGAAACCAUGCAGAGGGCACAAAGACGAAGUUUCAGGUCCAAGAAUGAUUCUGAGUCAAUUGAUUAUGCAAAAGCUAAAGGCCAACCUUCAAAAGCACAGCCCUUGAAUAUAAAAAUUCUCAAACCUCCUCAUCCGAAGAGCACACUGCAGUCGCCAAAAUUUCAUUUAUCGAACAGCCAAACUGCUGAGUUUGCUGCACAUAGCACUUCUGUGGACUUCAAAAGACCAAACACUCAAAAUGCUGUGAAGCAGGGGAAUUCUGUAACACUGCUCAAAUCAAAAGCUCUAAGAUGUAAUAAGAUCUUCCCAAGUAGUGAAGAUACUAGAAUAUGCGAAAACAUUGGAGAAAGAAGUUUAACCUCAAGUGAUUCUAAAUCUGCACCUGAUAAGAGGCUUCCACCAGUUGAAUUGUUUAAUAAGUUGUCCCUUAGAUCUGAAAGGAAAACUAGUGUAAUAUCUCGGCCAAAAACCCAUGCCUCUUGAAAGGUGCCUUUGAAAAUUUUGAGGAAUCCCUUCUGCGUGAUGGAAAUGAGUUACUUUUAAUACUUAUAUCUAAAAUGGACCUAAAAGAGAAUUUACCAAACUCUUUGGACGGAAAGAGGUUUGACGAAUAGCAGAAGUUGUUCUUGUUUCUGUUGAUAUCUAUUCAGAAAUGUAUUCCGAAGCCAAAUCAGUGUAGGUUAGGAGGAGCACACCAAGGAUUGGAUAGCGUUCAGCAUGAAGAUGUACCUGUGUCUUGAAUUCCAUGAAUAAGAAACAGGAAGUUAGAAAGAUGACACUAAUUGCUGAUAAUCUGUUUGUAUAUGUACUUGUCACCUUUUCGUCAAUACUAAGUUUUUCAACUAAAACUUC